GCUGCAUUCUCAGACUGACACUUAUUCAACACUGCCACCUUAAGCAGAUUACUUUUGCGCUGCCUGUGUCAAAUACGUGGUUCACUUUGCCUCUCCAUCAUGUUUGGGAUGCUGAAACACCAUCUUCACCCGGGCAUUUUUCUCUUGUUCUUAUGGCUUUGUCACCUCAUGGAACAUCAAAAAGUUCAAGCUGGGAACUGCUGGUUGCAGCAGGGGAAGAACGGGAGGUGCCAGGUGCUCUACAUGCCGGGGAUGAGCAGGGAGGAAUGCUGCCGGAGUGGAAGACUGGGGACGUCCUGGACCGAGGAGGACGUCCCCAACAGCACUCUCUUUAGGUGGAUGAUCUUCAAUGGCGGAGCCCCCAAUUGCAUACCUUGCAAAGGUGGAGAAACCUGCGACAAUGUUGACUGUGGGCCUGGAAAGAGGUGCAAGAUGAAUAGGAGAAGUAAGCCGCGCUGCGUGUGCGCGCCAGACUGUUCCAACAUCACCUGGAAAGGCUCAGUCUGCGGAUCAGAUGGGAAGACCUACAAAGACGAAUGCGCGCUCCUGAAGGCGAAAUGCAAAGGCCACCCAGACCUGGACGUGCAGUACCAAGGAAAAUGCAAGAAAACCUGCCGUGACGUCUUGUGCCCCGGCAGCUCCACGUGCGUCGUGGACCAGACAAAUAACGCAUAUUGUGUGACGUGUAAUCGGAUUUGCCCCGAGGUGACGUCGCCUGAGCAGUACCUGUGUGGAAACGACGGGAUCAUCUAUGCCAGCGCUUGUCACCUGAGAAGAGCUACCUGUCUCCUCGGCAGGUCCAUCGGAGUCGCAUAUGAGGGAAAAUGCAUCAAGGCUAAGUCAUGUGAGGACAUCCAGUGCAGCGCAGGGAAGAAGUGUCUGUGGGAUGCUCGGAUGGGCCGAGGCCGCUGCUCGCUGUGUGAUGAGGCCUGUCCGGAGAGUCGGACAGACGAGGCGGUGUGUGCCAGCGACAACACCACAUAUCCCAGUGAAUGUGCCAUGAAGCAAGCUGCUUGUUCUUUGGGGGUGCUGCUGGAAGUCAAGCACUCGGGAUCUUGCAACUGAAAUCUGCCCAAAAGAGACCUGAGCCACUGGAACCAUCAGCCCCAGUGCCCCCUUUACCCUCCACCCAGCCUCCCCCCUACUUAACCCACCUUCCCCAACCACCCGCUCUUUCCAUCAUCCCUCUGUUUCCUCAUGUUGCAGCCCUGACUUGCUAGAUUAUGUAAAUGAACGUUGUAUAAUCUGGGAUGCCACAGUAAUUGUUGCUGCCAAGUCACACAGAUUCUUCCUCACACACACACACACACACACACACAGAUGCAUACACAAGCAUAAUCAUAUACACACACACACAAAAGAAAGAAACAAAAGGGAGGCUGUGUGCCAGUGGCUUUAUUGUGAGCUUUUUUUUUGACAUUCAGUGAUAUUCUGCGCUGUUGUGGUCCGUAUUCAUACAACAGCUACCAUAUAUUCUCCCAUAUAGCCAUUACAGAAGACCAGGAGGAAGAUGAGGAAGAUGAGGACUCAGACUACAUGGCCUAUUUCCAUUUAUCUUCUAUACUGGAUGGAUAGGCUCCCAUCACUAGGGGAACAGUCCUAGGGCAAGGAAUCAUGUCCAUACUGUACAUUAUGUGUAUGCUUAUUUAUUUUUUAAAGAAAAAGGAAGUAUACAUAUAGUUCAGUCUGCUAGAUGUUUAUUUAUACUUAUUUGUGUUUUAUAAUUUAUACAUUUACAUUGUCAGGCUAUCAUCUACCAUGAUAUAUUGUGUUACCACUCAUUUCCCCCCUUUUUGUUGUUGUCCCUUUUACUUUCUUUUUUUUUAUCACGAAGAAAUAUAUUUGUCCAAAGAAAAACAGUGUUAUUUAUUUGUCAUGUUACUGUGUAAGUAUAAGUCCUCUACAAGCUGUAAAUUGCAUUCCCUGAGCUGUAAAAAUCUGCUUGUUUCUGUCAAAUCUCUAUCACAGAUGUUUAUGUCACACAUACGUAAAUGCAUGUUUAGACUGUGUGUUUAUUUAUUGGGAAUAUAUCAAUCAUUUUAUGUACAGAAGUGUUUUCUGGUUUGUUUACAACUAUAAUAACUGACCAAAGGGAUUCUCUCAAUGGUUUUUGCAAAAGAGCGUUGUAAAAGGUGCAACACAGCAGUGAUGAAAUGGAAAAGAAAAAAAGAGCCAUUUUGUUUUUCUUUUCUUUUUUCGAAGUUUUACUUUUAGCCCUUUAGGUUUGUCUCCAGAAGGAGACAACAACUUUAGACGUAAUUCCAUAGCAUUUAUUUUGUCUCACCACAUUAGAACAGAGAUAAGUUUUGGAUGAUACUUGAUUAUUUUGGAAACAAUGUGCCAUUAACAUUUGUGAGCUGUCUUCUUGCCAAUGUGCUCCAUAUUGCUCUCACAGAGCUAAAAUAGGACUAAUGUACUGCAGUACUCCACACUAUAUCAGACUUCUUCACUUUGUUCCUUAUGUUUGGUUUGUUUUCUUUUUUUUCUCCUCAGAAUGCAUUUUUAUUUUCAAGCAUCGCAAGAGAAAUACAAAAUUCUGUUAUGGAUAUAUAGUUUUGUAUUUUUUAUGUAAAUGUCAUAUGUACAUAAAAAAAGUUUGAUGGUAUUUGUACAGAUAUGAAGAGUGAAACAAUAAAAGUUUUUUUUCCUUA